AUGGACGAGGUAAGUGGCUUGUUGCGCGAGUGGAAUGCCAGUGAACGCCCUCUGACUCCGGGCCAGGGUAACGAUGUUGGAAGCUUUCAGUCGUCGUUGACUUCCGUCACCUCAUCGAUACUGCAUGGUGUCGUAGGCGAAGGCCAGCGAGUCUAUGCCGCGUAUGGGAAAGAAGAAUACGGGCUCCCUAUGGACGACCAGGAACUCGAUCGUAUGGACCUGUGUCACACCAAAUACUUCUCCCUUCUGAAGCAGCGACGCUUCUUAUCCCCGAUAAGUGAAAACCCGCAGAGGAUCCUCGACCUGGGAUGCGGCACAGGUAGCAUAUGGUGUGUCGAGGUCGCCGACGACUUUCCCGGAGCACAGGUUGUCGACACGAGCCACGCAUUACGCACGAUGACGCUGAUGAGGCUAUCAAGGGUCCCGCCCAACUGCUCGUUCGAGCUUGACGACAUCGAACAGACCUGGACAUGGAGGGCAGACAGCGCCGACUUCAUCUUCUCUCGCGACCUGAUUCUGUCGAUACGGAACUUUCCUAGAUUGAUUGACCAAGCAUACAGACAUCUAAAGCCUGGCGGAUGGAUCGAGUUCCAAUGCCAUACCGGACUCCUCCAAUGUGACGACGGCACGCUGCGUGACGACAGCACAUUUCGACAUUGGGCGAAUCUCACAAAGACGGCAUGCGAAAGAUACGGCACUCCAGUGGAUGACCCGACCCGCUUCAAGGAGUGGUUUGAGCAACGAGGAUUCGAGUGCGUUACGGAGGAGGUGUACAAGAUGCCAUGCACCCCCUGGGCUAAGGAUAAGCGCCUGAAACUUAUUGGGGCCUGGGAGCAGCACAACCUGAUGAACCACCUGGAGGGCUUGACGAUGCGCCUCUUUCAGAAGAGCCUGGGCUGGACAGAAGACGAGAUCCUGGUCAUCUCGGCCCUGCUACGCAAGGAGCUACGCGACCUGGGUGUCCACGCAUACUGGCCAUACUACGUUGUCUAUGGUCGCAAGCCCUUGCGACCAUGA